GCCUUCGUCCAGCUGGGGACUCCAGAGGACGCCGAGAUGCUGGUGAAGUACUACAGCGUGAACCCUCUCACCAUCAGGGGGAGACCCAUCCGUCUCAACAUCUGCACCAAGUACAAGACCCUCAAUGUGAAACGGGGACAGGGUGAAGACGGCCGGGGCCAGCGGACCGGCGGCGCCUCCUCGGCGUCCUCCGGCAGCCCGGGAACCAGAGCUUCCUCCAACCCACCCAGGAGGUCCUCGUCCAGGACCAGAAGCAGAGAGGACAGGAGGAAGGAGGAGGACAGACCCAGACCUGCAGAGGAAGAGGAAGAGGAGGAGGAGGUGUCGGGAGUGAUGGAGGGAGAGGACGGAGCGGCGGAAGAAGUCAAAGAUGGAGACGCAGAGACGGAGGAGACGCAGAGAGACGAAUCUGUGAAGGAGACGGAGGAGGAGACGGAGGAG